UAUAAAGCCUCUCAACUAACCCCAACCCAAAAACAUAACCAUUCAUCGAAAAACCCUGAUCACAAUUUUACCAUAUCAUGUGUGAGAGUCUCAAGAACGAGUACCAACUUUUUGAAGAGAUCGGCCGUGGUAGAUUCGGUACUGUCUACCGCUGCUUCAGCCCAUCUUCCGGUGAGUUCUUCGCCUGCAAAACCAUUGACAAACGCCUCCUUACAGACCCAACAGAUCGCGAGUGCUUGGAAAAAGAACCCAAAGUUCUCCAACUCCUCAGUGGAAACCCCCACAUACUCCAAAUCUACAAACUCUACGAGGACGAGAACUAUCUCAACAUCGUCACUGACCUGUGUGAAUCCCCUGAUCUUUACGAGAGAAUCACCAAAUCUACCUUCACAGAGUCCGAAUCUGCGACGAUUCUGAAAUCGCUGAUCUCGGCGAUAAGUUUUUGCCAUCAUAUGGGUGUUGCUCAUAGAGAUAUAAAGCCUGAUAACAUAUUGUUUGAUUCGAGAAACAGAUUGAAACUGGCUGAUUUUGGGUCGGCGGAGUAUUUCGGCGCCGGUAAUGAGAAGGGGACUAUGAGAGGGGUGGUUGGUACGCCGUACUAUGUGGCGCCGGAGGUGUUGAUGGGGAGAGAGUACAAUGAGAAGGUUGACGUGUGGAGUGCUGGUGUGAUUUUGUACAUAAUGUUGGCCGGAGUUCCGCCUUUUUACGGUGAGACGGCGACGGAGACUUUUGAGGCGGUGUUGAGGGGAAAUUUGAGGUUUCCGACGAGGAUUUUCCGGUCAGUAUCUCCAGAGGCGAAAGAUCUGCUGAGGAAGAUGAUCUGUAAGGAUGUGUCCCGGAGGUUAUCUGCCGAUCAAGUUCUCAGACAUCCAUGGAUCAUUAGUGUAGGAGAGACCAGAUCAAUGGCUGAUCUCACCUGAAAAUAUUACUGCUAUUAAGUACUAACAACCUUUUGGUGUACAUGAACCAUGUAGAAAGAGGAGAGAUGAAAGUCCCAAUGAAUCUUUGCUUUGCUCAUGCACACAAGGACUGAGGACUUUCUUGUUUGGUCCUUUUUUUUUUAUUUUUUUAAUUUUUUGUUCUUUUGUAAGUUUUGGAGAAGAGUUUGAGAUUGUAAAUAUAUGAGAUGCGGAAUGAUAAAUAAAAGUUUGUGUGUGAAUCAGAUGCUGAGAAUCCCUUCUCUCCAGACCUUCUGUUUUUUGGGUCUAGGGAGUGAGCAGGUGAAAAAAGCACUGGUGCUUAUGUGUAAUGUCUUCUGUUAUGGAAAUUGUGGAUCUGCAAUAAAAAUUUCCUGUUUUGCCGGAUUUGCAAUCCGUAUGUCAAAGU